AUGGGUACAGAGUUUGCUAUUAAAGAUGUUGGCUCCUUGCAUUACUUCCUAGGUGUGAAAGUACGAUAUUUUUCAGGGGGCAUCUUUCUCUCACAAGGAAAAUACAUUCGUGAUCUCCUUGCUCAAGCCAAAAUGUUGGAAGCCACACAUAUGGCUACACCAAUGGCAGUCAAAACUACUCCUCAUGUUGAUGAUACACGACCAAUAGAUGCUAUUGAAUAUCGACGUCUCAUGGGCAGUCUCCACUUUGGUCUCUGCUAUCUUUGUCAAAGCUCACUCAACCUUACAAGCUUCUGUGACGCUGAUUGGGCCAGAUGUUCGACCACUCACUGUAGCACCACUGGCUUUUGUGUCUUCUUAGGUGCAAAUUGCAUCUCCUGGUCCUCCAAAAAGCAACUAAAAGUGGCCCGUUCAAGCACAAAAGCUGAGUAUCCCGCCAUGGCUUCCACUUCUGCUGAACUCACAUGGCUUUCUUCUCUUCUUCGUAACAUUGGUGUCUUUCUUUCUUCUCUUCCUUAG